AUGGCUGAUACAUCCAACGGAGAAUACGUGGCGUUCUCCUUUUACCAUUAUGAUCCCACCAAAGCUGGCGCCAUCAUCUUCAUCCUGCUAUUCAUCGCUACGACUGCGAUGCAUACAUUUCAGAUGAUCAAAACACGGACGUGGUUUUUCACGCCUUUCGUCAUCGGCGGCUUCUUUGAAUGGAUCGGAUAUAUUGGACGAGCCAUGUCCAGUGACGAGUCACCAAAUUGGACCCUUGGCCCGUACCUGCUACAAACCUUGCUCCUCCUCCUGGCACCGGCAUUGUUCGCCGCGUCGAUAUACAUGUUGAUGGGUCGCAUUAUCCUCGUGCUACAAGCCGAGUCGCAUGCCAUGUUGAAGAAGAAAUGGCUCACGAAGAUUUUCGUGACAGGCGACGUGCUCUCUUUUCUGCUCCAAUCGGCCGGCGGCGGCAUCCAAUCCAGCGGAUCUCUCGACGGCAUGAAAACGGGAGAAAAGAUCAUCAUCGUCGGACUCUUCGUGCAGCUCGCUUUCUUCGGAUUCUUCAUCUUCGUGGCAUUUUCGUUCGAUAUGAAAUUGAAGAACUAUCCCAUCCCCCGCUCCUUUUCGCCUGAUAUCCCCUGGCGAAAGCAUCUAAUUGUGCUGUACGUCUCGAGCGCGCUGAUCAUGGUCCGCUCGGUUUUUAGGGUGAUUGAGUACAUUCAAGGCAAUUCGGGGUACCUGCUGAAGCACGAGGCCUACAUGUAUAUUUUCGAUGCCUGCCUUAUGUUUUUGGCGAUGGUGAUUUUCAACUUUGUCCAUCCGAGCGAGAUUGGGAAACUACUGGAUGGGAUGCCAAAGGACACCGAGUACAUGGGUACACCCAUGGUCUGA